AUGGACCAUAGACAGUUAUGUUUGUUUACAUUGUUACUGAUAUCAGUGUGGGAUCUAAGCAGUCUGCAAAAAUUACCUGGAUCGCAAGACUUAUUGGCAUUACUUAAAACGUUAAAUUUUCCGUUUCCAAAUGUUUUACCAAAACUGCCACUUUUGCCAAUACCUGGAAGAAAAAAACUUUACGGUUUGCCACCAUUACCUAAUUAUUCUCCAAGAAACUUAAUUAGAUCAACAUUAUUUCCCAUACCAGCUCUUCUAUUUAAGCCAUUAACUUUCCCGCGAAUUACUUUACCUCCACUACCAAAAUUUGAUAACUAUGGUAUCAAUACCAUACCGGAAUUACCACCACAGCAUGAAUCAAUUUACAAUGGAAUGUUUGCUCCAGAUGGUAGUUUAAUUAAAAAAAAUAAAAAUGAUUCGUCAAAAGAUAAGGGAACUGAAACGAAUCAGUUUUAUAAUCAAGAAAAGUCAGAAGACACGAAUGAAACAAUGCAAGGAUCACGUAAAGUACGAGCAGAAACUGCAACCAGCCCAAUUGUUCACGAUGAUCAGGAUAGACAUAUUGAUGAAAAACUUCUUAAUGAUCAAGAAUAUGAUCAAAAUUUAGCAAACUUUUUGUGGCAGAAUAUUGCUAAACGUAGUAAUGAUCAAGUUUUUCAAUCAGCAAGAACAACCGAUAGUAUUAUUAUCGAUAAAAUAACACACAAAUCUAUAAAAAAAGCCACACCUGUACCUGCACUUCAUUCUUUGAAUGCAGAAGAAGCGCUCACUACAAGUACCCAAAAAAGUGAAUUAACAGAGCUUAAAGUAAAGUCAACAACAUUAACACGCCUAGCAAUUGUUAAUUCUAAAGAAGAAGUACGAGCAGAUAACGAUGAAAAUGAAUUACUUUCAAAUAAAUCAGAAAUUGAUUCCAUACACGUAUAUCCUAUGGAAUUAACAAAUAAUCAAGGAGGAAUAAUUCAAUCAAAGGAUAAACGCGCAUCCACAAAUCCAAUCUUCGAUCAAACAACUAUUCGGCCAAUAAUUGAAGCUUUUCAUUCAAUUAUUUUGAAUCGACAAAUUAGUCAAAAUAGAAAGUCAGAAAUACCUCCAGAAAAUAUGCAACCAAAUUCACAAUAUCCUUCACCAAUAGGACAAAAUAAACUAGCAAGAGAAUGGGAUACAAAUUCAUUUCAAGAUCAGCUUUGUACAGAAGAAUUCGCUUCAUCUAGUUGUAAUACACAUCAUAAUUUUGAGAAUAUUACACAGAAAUUACUAAGUGAAAAGUAUAAUACGAAGUCUAGUACAGAUCAAAAUAUUAUGAGACAAGCAGUCAGCUCUGCGCAAGCACAAUAUUACAGCAAUUUUCAUAAACCAAUUACUAAAGCUCAAUCAGUACGUAAAUAUGAAGAAACAUUUAUUCCUCUAUCACGAUCAUCAAAAAAUCAGUCAUAUACUAACCAAUUAACAGUUUUACUUGCACCUGUUGAUGUACAAUCACAAUUACAACAAUCAAAUCAAGCAGUAAGUUUUUCAACAAAUAAUUCCGAUCACAGAACUUAUUUGUUAGCAUUUGAUUAUUAUAUGAAUGGUAUCUAA